AUGCAAGUAUAUCACAUAUUAAUCUGGUGUGUGGGCUUAGCGGCCUUCCCCGGGUACUGCAUACUCUCAGAGCCGCCGCCGGAAACCCCGGCGGAGGCAAUCACCAAGGACGUCGCAGAGCUAUCGGAGCAGCUCGACGAAGUCGCGGAAGAGGGUGAAAGCGAGGAAGCAAACCUCGACCCGAAAGCUGCCCAUGAAAAGCAGCAGGAGAAAUUCGAAAAGUUGUACCAUAAUGCCCUUGAAAGUGGGUUAGAGGAGGCCAAGAAAGAGUAUAAAGCAUUCGAGCAUGGAGCAGUGGAAGGACUAGACCUUGUAGGGCUAGCAUCGGAGCAUCUAAAGCAGUUCUGGUACAUCGGACAGUGCAGGCGCAAUUACUCCCUCCCGUGCCCAAACCAAUGGUCAUGGGACGAGUCGGAAAAAGUCUGCACUGCACCUGCAGACUAUGACGGACCCUGUGAGAAGCGCAAAAGCUUCGACAAUAUGGACAGCAAGGCGCGUGAGGACUACGCGUGGCGGUGCCAUGCGAGCUGGCCAUGCGUGAACGAUACGCCAAUUGACAACACAAUGCUGUGUCCACUGGAGUGGACCAAAAUCGCCUCUACCGUCUGCAUAGCCCCAACGGUAGGUGCUUUUAAUGCGGUCUAA